AUGGUAUCAAGAAAAUCAUCUUCAAGCUCCAACAAGACUAGCACUUCCACUGAUACUAUGAUCGAGACAAUUGGCAAACCACAAACAGUCAAUACCAGUUACACAAGCAGCCACGAGUUUAUCCCGUCGAGACCGCCUCCACCCCCUAAAAUUGGUUCUGCUCUGGAAGAUACCGAGGAAAAUACCAGCAGUUCUCAAUCAUCAAAAGUAUCUAAACAGGAUAAAUUACAAGAGUUUUCAAAAAAAUUAUUCAAGAAGACAUCUUCAAGUUCUUUGAAUAAGAAGACAUUUUAUCAAAAGUUGCGAGGCAAGGAAAAGAAGAAACAAAGGAUUCAUGGAACAGGGGUCGACAAAAACAUACAGACAGAUGAUAUUACCAACUCUUUAACGUUAGAUAUGUUGGAUGUAAAAAAGAAACGGGAAAAAAGGUACAGAGAAAAUGUGACCCUGUCUUUGAAAACAUUUUUGGACUCCAAUACCCUGAAUGGUGCUGUUGAUUCAUUCAAAGAUUAUGUAGAAAAUAGCCUCAUAUAG